UGCAUUGCUAUCAGCCCCGGCUUAGGUCCAUCUACCCUGAGACUGUGAGAGCUAGAGGCGAGAGGGGAGCUGCUCAGCCAGGUGGUUACCUGUUCACUCUAAUGAUGAUCACAACUGAAACGUAGGAUCUAGAAAUGCCUGAAAUGUACUGAUUUCACGCGUGGAGAUUUCGUUUGCAGAUCUGUUAUCAGCAUACUGUCUGGUGUAGCUUUUCGUGUUGCUGGAGUGGAGCCCGGAGGAACGCCACAAUACUAAACACUUGUUUCCUACUUUUGGGUGGACGAAGCUCAAUGCAGACUUCACAAGUCAUGUAGGUUUCCGUGUGCGAAGAGGCGACACGCAGCCAUGGCCACAUGGGCAGUGAACGUUCUCGCCCUCGUCCAGCGCUGCUAGAUUAGUACUCGUAGCGGUACUCGAGCUAAGACCGCGAACAGCCUCACAUCCUUCGCAGGAGGACGCACUGAUUGACUGCAGCUCUAUGCUGUUCAACUACCGGUAGAUUAGCGGAAAGAUUACCCGCAAAGAACUCUUGGUUGGCAUGCAAAACAGCGGCAAGAGACCAUCAUCGGAGUACACUCGUCGUCAUCGCCUUGAAAGGCGCUGUGGGAUUGGCCGACCACUGAACAGUCGGGGGGAGUCUGAGGGAGGCUGGAUUACAAGGUUGCCGACAAACAUCAGGGAGUAGACUACAUGUACUCGAAAGAUUUUCCUGAUUUCCUGAGCCGGUGGCCGCUUGAGUUGCUUAUAAAAGUAAAGACAAAGUGUGUAUAGUCAUCUAUCUCCGGCGCAUGGCAUCUGAUCCAGGCGUUCAACAAGUAUUCCGACAAAAAUACCUGGACUUGGUCUGCUUACUAACCCAACUACUGGCCACUGCUUUGGAGUUUGACUGAGACUCAUCCGGAGAGAUCGGCGACAUUUCGUUUGGCCUGUGUGCAACGAUGGGAUUCCCACUACUGCUGCAUUCAUAUAAACAUCCUGCAGCUACACGUAAAAUGGGACGGUGGUAUCAAUCAGGGAUUGCCGGGGCUUUGAAGCUAUUACUGACAGCGGUUCUUCUGCCAUUGAUUGAGGCAACUACAAUGUCUGCUUCUUCCACAUGCCCGCAUGCCAAUGACAUUGUGCUGCGCUCGGAUAUGGAAAGAUUUAUAAGCAACAAGAAGCUGUCGCCGAGAAUUAAUCUAUCCCAGUGUGGCUGCCAUUAUGGUAUGCUGUGUGUCUGUGGUCCUGACGCAUGCAAGGGGAGCUGCCCGGAGCAGUGCACAGGACGGUGUCCACCUGACAGACCAUUUCCAAGGUAUACCGAUCGCAGUCAAGGAGAAGCGUGCAGAGCCAUUGAUCUUUUCAACCACACUGACGCACAGUGCUCAUCAUGCUGCGGACCACUUGACUGCGCUGAGGACGAGUACCAGUUCAUGUGCCUUUGCUUGCCAAAGAGUGUACGACCGAGAAGUUUGGAUAAUCUAACAGAGUCUCCUUUCUCCUCUCCCGGGGAGACGCACGUGACCAGUUUUGGCAUGUUGUCAUGGAUACCACCAACAGCCAAGCCACCCGUUGCAUCCGAACCACCUAGCACAUUGCCCAAUGGUCGCUCGGUUACCAAUGUGCCGGCUAUAGCUAUUCUGUGCACACUGUUAGCUGUGUUUGCUGCUGUGGGCUGCACGGUGUGCGUUGUUCGCCACUGGUGCCGGAAACCAAGGGAUCCGAUGAGCAAGCACCAUAACAUUGUGCCGCCCAAGCCUAGCUGUGCCUAUGAUCGACAUGGUAACCUCAUAUUUGUACGGCCGACCGCACUACCACGCUUCUUCACCUGUGAUGCCGCAGCGGAUGAUAGCACACUUGAAUGCAUUCUGGCGGAAAUCGGGGCCGAGCGCCACAGAUUGUCGACAUCACAAGAAUCUCUAACUCCACAUGAACAUACUCGUACACGUCGGCCUUCCCUUGCAUGGCUGUAGGCUGUUCGGAUAUCUUUCUCAUUGCAAUUUGAAACUUGGAGACAAAUAGUAUUGGGCAAUGCUGUACACGGUUGACUAUGAACAAAGCAAUCCAGUCAGGAACGCUUACCUCUAUAAUCCUAUGGCUAGUACUGAUUUCUUUGAUUUCUUUUAAUUAAAGACAUGUUUUUUAGGCCUAU